AAAAAUAAUAUUCAACAAUUUAUAAUUCACCCAGAAUGUAAUUGAAUUGAAUUAAAAAUUCAGUAUAAUUAUGUACAAGUAGCGUGAAGAAUCUCAACACUACAUUUGAAUCAGUUACAAUGUCUGAAGGAAGCACAUCGGAUGCGGGUGGUGUCGUGAUUGAAGAACUAGAUGAGAUGCAAGUUGAUCCCCAGGAAUUAUCCCAAUUUGUGGAAGCAAGUUCAAUUCCGCUGCCCGGAGAACCUGGUGCAUCUAUUAUAAUACAACCGCGUCGCCGGUUACGUACCUCUACGACAACCUCUACUUCGGCGCCGUCGGAAUCGGAAACGGACGAUGAUAAUCCACAGCAGAAUGAGUUAUGGAUUAAAAAAUUUGUGGCGGGAGAGAUUAGUUACACCGAAUACCAAGCCAAAAUGCAACAGGGAGGUGAGCUAGAUCUGGAGGACGAAGAGAUCGGCAUUCGUAAAAGAUCAUCUCGAAAAUCUGUUGGAUUUGAGAAGGACUAUACUUCUUCACGACGAGAUGUAUUAAAAGGUAACCUUCAAGGACCUCAACAGGUGAAAGUCGAAGGGAAAGCUUCCAUGAAACGUCACAAAAGAUGUUUACCACCGGCCUUACAAGGUUUAAUGGGGCAGGCGAAUUUAUGCUAUGCUAGGGGUGAUACCGAAAUGGCCAAACAGCUUUGUUUGGAAAUCGUUCGUCAAGUUCCGUUGGCACACGAACCGUUCAUAACACUAGCUCAAAUAUACGAAACGGAAGAUCCCGAAAAGUUUUUACAAUUUUCUUUAAUUGCCGCUCAUCUGAAUCCUUCCGAUGUGGAGCAAUGGGUUAGAAUUGCCGAAAUUUCCGAAGAACGAGGAAACCUUGACCAGGCCUUGAUGUGUUAUGCAAAGGCGAUUAAAACUGACUCGCAGAACUUCGAUCUUCGAAUGAAGCGCGUAGAAUUGUUGGAGAAAAAAGGCGAGGAAAAACAGGCUUUCAAAUGUUACUUUGCAAUGCUUCCUUAUAUACCGAAAGAGCGAGGAGAAUUUCUGGUUCAAACAGCAAAGCGGUUGGCAAAAAAGUUCCACGAGGAUAAUAAUGUUAUGUUUGCCAUGGAUGUUAUGGAACGUGCUUACCGGACAGUGCCAGAACUGUUCAGCAUAGAAGAUGUAAACUUACUAUUGGAGUUAUUAAUCGCCAACGGUAGCUAUCGGCGAGCUUUGGAUGUUUUAAUGGCUCACGCAAACGUAGAAGUGCAUGAAGUGUUGAACGAAAAUCAGGAGAAUCCUUCCAUUUACACGGUUGUAAUUCCAGAACACAUGAUGCUGGAUUUUCGAACGAAACUUGCAGUAAUUCUGGUACAUUUGAAGUGUGACCAUUUGUUAGAUAUGGUGGUAGGCGACAUUCUGGCUCAUAUACAGGUGGAAGAAGCUGGCGACUGUUAUCUGGAUAUUGCUGAAGCACUAAUGAAAGAAGAUCAGUACUGUUAUGCUCUUAAACUACUCGUUCCACUGGUCGGAAGUGAAAAUUUUUCUCUAGCUGCUGUUUGGUUACGGUAUGCUGACUGCUUGCGAGCUAUUGGAAACUACGAUGAAUCGAUAAAUGCUUAUAGAAAGGUUGUUUCAUUAGCUCAGCACUUAGAUGCUCGACUAACACUUUCUGCUCUGCUAAAACAACAAGGAAACUACGAGGAAGCUCUCAAAGCACUUGAGCAGAAUCCGGAAAAUGAAAUAAUGGACGCCGAACUGCUUUAUGAAAGAUGCCUCAUGUUAAAAGAAGUUGAGAAAUACGAAGAAUUUCUGGCGGCCGGAUUCAUGCUGUUGAUGCGUCACUGUAUUCCCCUAAAAAGUCGACUUGAAAUGGGUGCAGCUAUAUCCAUUAUGAGGUAUAAUGAAAUGAUUCGCGGUAUACAGGAGAUUAAAGUUUCACGUCGGGAACCGUUAGAUGAAGCUAUGCCAGAAUUUUCACGCUCCGAAAACGAACCAUCGGUAGAGACCGAGUGGGAACUGGUUCUCAGCUUACUUGAAGUGGCAGAUUACAUGAAGAACUUUGCGUACUUCCAAAAGCUAGUUUUCACAUUGUGCACUGCAAAGCGGUUUCAAAUUUAUCGCUCCGAGUUAUUGUGUCUCGCUCUAUUUGCUUGUCUGUACAAUCGCGAUCCUUUAUUUGCCUAUAACUUGGUGCGUGAGCAUGUUAAUCGAGAGAAGAAAUGUAAUAAUCCCCGGCUAUGGAACCUUUUCAAUUUGGUAAUCUCGGUGACCGGGGACAUACGUUAUAAUCGGUAUCUGACAAGACUGUUUGAACGAGUUACAAACAUUGACAUAAAUAUAAGAACACUUCAAGCCAAUUACCACCUGAAUGCAGGAACGUACAGAUACGCCCUGAAUGACUAUAGCAAAAUCUACCAGAAAACCGGAGAUCCCAUCCACGCGAUGCUCAUUGCAGUUACGUUAACGCAAGUAGCUUGUCAGAAAUUUAGCAAUAAAAAGCAAGCGUUGGCCUCACAAGCCAUUGGUUUCAUCGAAAAGUAUCGCAAAACACGGCCGGGGGAACUGGCAAACGAAAUUCACUAUAACAUCGGAAGAAUGUACCAUCAGCUGGGAUUGCAAAGCUUGGCUGUGGAGCAUUACAAGCGAGCACUGGAAGCCAGAAGUGAAGUGGUCGAACAGAAUCCGGAACAUUUGGAUUUGCGGGCGGAGAUUGCAUUUAAUCUAAGCUGUAUUUACAAAAGUAAUAAGAACUACGAGUUGGCGAGAAAAUAUUUGUAUGAUUACAUCGAGAUAUAAACGUUGUUCGAUUAA